CUCGCCUAAAGCCUCCCUCCCUCCCUCCCACCCCCGGAGAAGAAAAGGACCAACCGACCCCAAAACCUCUCCUGCUCUCCCUCGAGGCCUCCUCCACUGGGCGCUCUCGUCGCCUCCCCACCCAUUCCAGCGGUUGACCGCGGGAUUCGGCCAGUGAAAAUGGAAGGGAACACUAGAGGAGGUGGGCAUUCUGACGCAUUAAAGAACUACAAUGUGGGCAGAACAUUAGGUAUAGGCACAUUUGGAAAAGUGAGGAUUGCAGAGCAUAAGCAUACAGGGCAUAAAGUUGCUAUAAAGAUUCUGAACCGUCGUCAAAUGAGAACUAUGGAAAUGGAAGAGAAAGCAAAGAGAGAGAUCAAGAUAUUGAGGUUGUUCAUCCACCCUCAUAUCAUCCGGCUUUAUGAGGUCAUUUACACACCUACAGAUAUAUUUGUUGUGAUGGAAUAUUGCAAGUAUGGUGAGCUAUUCGACUGCAUUGUUGAGAAAGGGCGGUUACAGGAAGAUGAGGCUCGUCGAAUCUUCCAGCAGAUUAUAUCUGGUGUUGAAUACUGCCACAGAAACAUGGUUGCUCAUCGUGAUCUAAAGCCAGAGAACCUGUUACUUGAUUCCAAAUACAAUGUGAAACUUGCCGACUUUGGGUUAAGUAAUGUCAUGCAUGAUGGCCAUUUUCUGAAGACUAGCUGCGGGAGUCCAAACUAUGCUGCACCAGAGGUUAUCUCAGGUAAAUUAUACGCUGGACCUGAGGUUGAUGUUUGGAGCUGCGGGGUGAUACUUUAUGCUCUUCUUUGUGGCACUCUUCCAUUUGAUGAUGACAAUAUUCCCAAACUGUUCAAAAAGAUAAAGGGAGGCAUCUAUAUCCUUCCAAGUCAUUUAUCUGCUCUUGCAAGGGAUUUGAUCCCAAGAAUGCUUGUUGUUGAUCCUAUGAAGAGAAUCACAAUUCGUGAAAUUCGAGAACACCCAUGGUUUCAGAAUCGCCUUCCUCGCUACCUGGCAGUGCCUCCACCAGACACGGCGCAGCAAGCCAAAAUGAUUGAUGAAGAUACACUUAAAGAGAUUGUCAACCUGGGAUAUGAUAAAGACCAUGUGUGUGAAUCAUUGUGCAAUAGGCUGCAAAAUGAGGCAACUGUUGCAUAUUACUUACUCUUGGACAAUCGGUUCCGGGCCACUAGUGGCUAUUUGGGGGCUGACUAUCUACAAUCAAUGGGUAGGAGUUUUAAUCAGUUUACUUCAUCGGAAUCAGCAAGCCCAAGUACCAGGCAGUAUCUUCCAGCAAGCAAUGAUUCUCAAGGCAGUGGCUUGCGGCCAUAUUACCCCGUUGAAAGAAAAUGGGCUCUUGGGCUCCAGUCUCGAGCUCAACCUCGUGAGAUAAUGAUCGAGGUUCUAAAGGCACUUCAAGAAUUAAAUGUCUGCUGGAAGAAGAAUGGACACUACAACAUGAAAUGCAGGUGGUGCCCUGGGUUUCCUCAGGUCAGUGAUAUGUUAGAUGCCAACCACAGCUUUGUUGAUGACUCUACCAUCAUGGAUAACGGCGAUGCUAAUGGGAGGCUACCUGCCGUGAUCAAGUUUGAAAUCCAGCUUUACAAGACCAAGGAUGACAAGUACCUGCUAGAUAUGCAGAGAGUUACUGGACCUCAGCUCCUCUUCCUGGAUUUUUGCGCGGCCUUCCUUACCAACCUUAGGGUUCUAUAGUAUGGUGCCUGUUCUGGUUGAGUGAUGAAUAGUGAGACAUAUGACCGUCAGCGAUGAAUAAGUUGGUGCCUGUUCUGGUUGAGUGAUGAAUAGUGAGACAUGUGACUGUCAGAGAUGAAUAAGUGAUGGUGUGUAAAUAGGUGGUGUGUUUCAUCUUCGUUUUACCCAGUCCCUGACAGCGAACCGUGUUGUUUGGGUGACUAGUCCUGUGUGAAGCACCAAAAGUGUUGUUUGGGUGACUAGUCCUGUGUGAAGCACCAAAAGGUUAAGUGGUUGUUAUAAAUAAGACUUAUAUGGUAAAUAGGCGUGGUGAACAAUUUCCUUUUUCUUUUUGGAAUUUUUGUGAACCGUUUUCUGA